CAUGCGCUAAACCACGUGUAAUAAGAUGGCUACCUGCACAGAGGAGAGUACUCAAGCCAUGAUGAAAGGUGCGCUCACAUUCAAGAUCCUAGCUGAAUGCCCAGUGUCUAAAGCUAGAGUGGCCUCGAUGACUCUACCCCAUCACACUGUGGACACACCAGUAUUCAUGCCAGUAGGUACACAGGGAACAUUGAAAGGAAUCACUUCUCAACAGUUGGUCCAUCUUGACUGUCAGAUCAUGCUAGGAAAUACUUACCAUCUGGGGAACAGGCCUGGCUGUGAGGUUAUGGAGAAAGUUGGUGGACUGCACAAGUUCAUGAGUUGGGACCGAGGUCUGCUCACUGAUAGCGGCGGUUUCCAAAUGGUCUCGUUGCUCAAGUUAGCUGAGAUCACCGAGGAAGGUGUUCGCUUCCAGUCCCCCCAUGAUGACAGUAUGAUGCUACUCACUCCCGAGCACUCCAUUCAGAUACAGAACACCAUCGGAGCUGACAUCAUCAUGCAAUUAGAUGACGUGGUGCACGUAAAAACCACUGGAGCACGUGUGGAGGAGGCCAUGUGGCGAUCUGUGCGCUGGCUGGACAGGUGUAUGGGAGCUCACACACGCCCUCAGGCUCAGAACCUGUUUGGAAUAAUCCAGGGGGGUCUGCAAGAAGACCUCAGAAGAAAGUGUGUCGAAGCGAUGGUUGCACGGGAUCUCCCUGGUUACGCUGUGGGGGGUCUCAGUGGAGGGGAGGCCAAGGACUCAUUCUGGAGGAUUGUCACACUCUGCACAUCGUUGUUGCCUAGGAACAAGCCACGAUACAUCAUGGGAGUGGGUUUUCCAGUGGAUCUUGUUGUGUGCAGUGCAUUAGGUGCGGACAUGUACGACUGUGUGUACCCAACCAGAACUGGUCGCUUUGGUGUGGCGUUGGUUUCGUGGGGUCAGGUGGACCUCAAAAAGAGGGAAUUUGCUUCCGACUUUGAGCCAAUUGAUAAGAACUGCCCCUGUGUGGCGUGCACUAACCACAGUAGGGCCUACAUUCACUCCCUCAUGACACAGAAGGAGACGGUGGCCUGCAACCUUGUCUCUCUGCAUAAUGUGUGCUAUAUGUUGUCGAUGAUGCGUGACCUUCGUCUGAGCAUAAUGGAGGGCAGGUUCCCAACAUUUGUCCGAGAGUUCAUGAUUCAGCUGUACCCUGAUGGAGCAUAUGAGCAGUGGGUAGUGAACGCUCUAGACUCUGUUAACAUUCAUUUGCUUGAGUCUCCCUAGCAGCUUACAGGACUUAUGAAUCAGUUUUAUUUAUUUUUGCAUAAUUAUUUGAAUUGUCUGCAUUCCUCUGUCUUGUCAUGAAUUUGUUCCCCCAUGAAACUUG